GAAGGAGAAGCGGAGCGCGAGCUCGGAAGAGGCGCUGGUCAUGUGACUUCCAGGAAGUUGCCUUGGAAAUGCAGACAGGUGAAGAGAAAUGACAUAAUUUACAUUCCAGCCUUUGGGGGCAAAGAAAGCUGGGGGGAGAAGUUGGGGAAACCUGAAAAGGAGCUAUGCCUAUUACUCAGAGGAGGCAGUCUACCAACAAAAGCCUUGUGCCACAGUUCACACAUCAUCAUGUUGCUGUGUUCCUCCUCACUUUCUUCAGCUACUCUCUUCUCCAUGCCUCCCGAAAGGCCUUUAGCAACGUCAAGGUCAGCAUCUCCAGCCAAUGGACCCCCUCUUGCUUUAAUGACUCUGCCUUCAUUCUUCAACCGUACGAGCUUUGGAACAGCAGUCAUCUAUUUCCUAAUGCUGAAGAAGCUACAUUAUUUCUUGGAACAUUGGAUACCAUCUUCCUGUUUUCUUAUGCUAUGGGCCUGUUUGUUAGUGGUAUUAUUGGAGAUCGCUUGAACAUGCGCUGGGUUCUGGCAUUUGGGAUGUGCUCCUCUGCCUUAGUGGUGUUUGUGUUUGGCACUGUCACCGAAUGGCUGCAUUUCUACAACAAGUGGUUCUACUGCUGCCUGUGGAUUGUGAAUGGCUUGCUGCAGUCCACGGGCUGGCCCUGUGUGGUAGCUGUCAUGGGAAACUGGUUUGGCAAAGCUGGGAGAGGAUUUGUUUUUGGACUCUGGAGUGCUUGUGCAUCAGUGGGUAAUAUCCUUGGAGCGUUUCUUGCCUCAUCGGUUCUGCAGUAUGGCUACGAGUAUGCCUUCUUGGUGACGGCAUCAGUACAGUUUGCUGGAGGAGUUAUUGUCUUUUUUGGCCUUGUGAUUUCUCCCAAAGAAGUAGGCCUCCCUGAAAUUGGCAAAGAAGGGGAGGGUGAAGCUGUUGAGGAAGAUGCCACUGAGCCAUUAAUUAGCAGCCACGAGAACGAAGAUUUCGAUGAGCAGAAUUACACCAUUCAGGCAUCAAACCUAAGCAGUGGUACAAAUGCCCCAUCCCAGGCCAUUGGAUUUUUUCAGGCGUGUUGUCUACCCGGCGUAUUAUUGUAUUCCUUGGCCUAUGCUUGCCUGAAGCUAGUGAACUACUCCUUCUUCUUCUGGCUGCCCUUCUACCUCAGCAACAAUUUUGGUUGGAAGGAGGCAGAAGCCGACCAGCUCUCAAUCUGGUAUGAUGUUGGAGGCAUUAUAGGUGGUACCAUCCAAGGUUUUAUCUCUGAUGUGCUACAAAAAAGAGCUCCUGUAUUAGCUAUUAGCCUCAUCUUGGCUAUUGGAUCUCUCUUUGGAUACAGCCGUUCCCCAAAUAACAAACCUAUCAAUGCUGUCAUCAUGGCAAUUACAGGCUUUUUUAUUGGAGGCCCUUCCAAUAUGAUCAGCUCUGCCAUUUCUGCAGACCUGGGACAUCAGGACGCGAUCAAAGGAAGUAGCGAGGCUCUUGCAACUGUGACAGGGAUUGUGGAUGGCACCGGCAGUAUUGGGGCCGCUGUGGGUCAGUACUUAGUAUCUUUGAUCCAGGAGAGGUUGGGAUGGAUGCAAGUUUUCUAUUUCUUCAUUCUGAUGACCAGUUUAACGGUGGUCUUCAUCAUGCCUUUGAUAGUGAAGGAAACCAAUAUGCUCCUUAACCAGAGGCGCUUGCGCAGAUCGGAUUUGCUGAGAAAUGGCCACCGACACGUUCACCGCGGAAAGACUGUCAUCCGAAUCCCGUUUGAAGAUCAUGCUGUGGAAACCCACAACUGGGAAAGAGCUGACUGUGUGCUUCGAAGGCUUAGUUGAGUGUAAGAGCGAGAGAUGUUUCCUCUUUUGAUUUUGACCUCUUAUUUCCAAGGCUUGUUGAUGCGAUUAUCCAGAUCAGGGGUCUCCAACCUUGGCAACUUUCAGACUUGCGGACUUCAACUCCCAAAGUUCCUCAGCCAGCUUUGCUGGCUGAGGAACUCUGGGAGUUGAAGUCCGCAAGUCUGAAAGUUGCCACGGUCGGAGACCCCUGAUCCAGAUCAAAUGAUAAAACGUUGGGCUUGUGUGUGGGAGAAAGGUUUCUUGAAAGCAGAACGUGAUUGUGCCUAGAAAAAGCUUUUGUAUAGUAAAACCUUGAUUUAAUGGAUAGGGGCCCCGGGGAAAGGGGAAAGGGGUGUCUAUUAAAGUUGAAUGAGAUUGCUUGAGGCCAAAAUGUACCCACACAUGAAAUUACUUUAAUAAUCAUAAGUGUUCGGUGUUGCCUUUACCUAUGAAGCCGCAGGUAAAAGCUAUACCUGAAAGUACAAAACAUUCAUACCUUUUCUUACAAAAUAUAGUCACCAACUCUUGUAAAAGAGUUUGAGAUAGCCACUAACGGACCAUUUAAUUAUUUAUUAAAUAUCAUUUUUAAAAAAACAAAUAAAUUAUGGAUGUGCAGCAGCAGAAAACAUUGCCUGACCUGACUUGAUCCAUUGUUUGGGAUGGAAUUCUGAUACUGCCUGAAAUGCGGACAAAAAUCCAGAUCCAACCUAUUUUGUCUGCUGCAUUCGAGAUCCAUUAAACAGAGGAUUUACUAUACUUGCUUUCUUCCUAUUGUGCUCAUUUAUUGGUGGCAAUCUGGAGGUCUUCCAGAUGUUUUAAAACUUUAGGUUCCUUUGUGUCUCCCCAUUGGGCUCUGCUGGCUAGGGCUGAUGGGAAUUGGAGUUCAGCAGCAAGAAGGGAGCCACUUUACCAGUCCUGAUGCCAAAGGAAGAUAAUGUUAUUUACAAAGGGAGAAAUCCUUCAGAUAUGUUGUCUUUCCCCCCACCUCCCACUUGCAAACCGGAGUGGAAUCAUGAAGAAAAAAAAAAAAAGCUUGGCCGGCUGAUAGCUGGUGUCUUUACACAAACCGGCCCUUGUAUAUUUCUUUGUACUGUAAUAAGUUUGGAUCUUUGUGUUGUAAUCCAGGCGCCAAAAAAAGCUGCCAAACAGAUGAAACGGACAGCGCUCUUUGCAUUUUUACUGUGGUGAAAAGGAAAGGCAUUUCCAACUAUUUAGUUAUCAAAAGAGCGUUUCAGAGUAGCCUGGGCCAAUCCACUGCUGGUUUUUGCAAGUUUUUUGGUAGCUCCCUAACGACAUAUAUAUUUUUUUUUAUUAAAAAAAAAAUAUACAACAGGGUACUAUUAAAGCAGCUGAAAUCCUUGGUGUCCUUAUAUAAAAAGAACAUUUGUAGGGUGUUUGUUUGAUCUCCAAAUAUUUGUCCUAUCCAGAUGUUCAUGUUAAUUUAACCUUCUCUCUCUCUCUAGCAGAGCAACUGCAUUCCGUACUUGAUUUUUUUUAUCUUCUCUUAACUGUCUAAUAUGUGAAAACAAGCUGAGUCUCUGGAGAUGUGCAGAGCCAACUAUUUUAUACGGAGGGGUAGUAAUCACAGUUUUACCAGGAUCUUUACAUUUUUGUUAAUUUUUUUAAAUAGGUUUGAGAAAAUGGGAAUAAAAGGGAAUAAUGAUCAUGAUUAUUUACUAUAUCUCCUUUACUGGAGAUCACUGUCGCUUACAGGUAGGCAGAGACCUCUUGAUUUCUUUUUAAGGGCUCCACCAAGCCUGAACCGUCCUUCCUUAAGACCCUAUAAUUAAAAUCUAUGAUCCUCACCAAAGGCACUCUGUGGGCAGAGCUGGCCAUUGCAUAAGGUGCAUAGCUACUCCCUCCACCCCACCCCCCAAAAAAGCAAAGCUGCAUUGGUUACUUUCCCCCUUGUCUUUAGCCUCUAGAUCACGGGUGUCAAACUUGAUUUCAUUGAGGGCCGCAUCAGGGUUGUGUUUAACCUUGGGGGGCCAGGAUGGGCAUGGUCAGCAUGUCGGGGGGCAUCUGUGGUGGCUCGAGCGCUCUGCCAGCAAAAACAGGCUCCUGAGCUCUGUUUUCGGCUCUGAUGGCCUCCUGCAACCCUCUGCCAGCAAAAAUGGAGCUCGGGAGGGGGGCACGCGCAGCUCUCGCGAGCUCCAUUUUCGCUGACAGAGGCACCACAGGCUGGUCCUUUGCUGUUUCCAGGGCAGCCCCGUGGGCCAGAUCUAAGCACCCCAUGGGCCAGAUCCGGCCCCCUGGCCUUGAGUUUGACACCCCUGCUCUAGAUCACCUUAAUCCAAAUUGAGGAAUCAUUAUGCCAUGAAUAAAUGCCUAGAAAUAUUUGGUAUAAUGGGGCAAUUUGAACUAGAAAAUGAUCUUGCAAAAGCAAGACUUAAAUUUAGGGCUGCAGUUUCGAGCACUUGUCUUACAUAUUAGUGCAUAGGUCUGCCUUACAAGUUCAGGGAUGUUGAGUUGGAUCAGAUAGCAUCUGUCUUGUCCUCAUCUUUCUUUAGUACCAGGUGCAUUUUCACAUAUUUUGGAAAUUUCCAGACAGGAAUGUAUGAACAAGUGCUGUACUCAGUGGCAUUUAUGGUUACCCUAAAAUUAAAUGCAAAACAUUUUAUUUUAAAUAGCCCAAAUCUAGAGAAAUCCAUCAAAUGGUAUAAGAUCUUGGUCUUUUUUGCUCAAAUUAUGUAAGAUUCUGGGCAUUUUAAAAAUAUUGUUUUUAGCACCUCUGACGCAGUACUUGUUCUUGGGAUAAUAUCUCCUGCCAGAAAGCUUGCUAACUCUGUUGUAGAGUGUACACUCGUGCAAACUGAUGUGCAUCAAGCAGUCAGACCACAGUUUUUUUAAUGUGGAAUAACUAUGGUGUUAUCCUGUGUUUUAUGUAUUCCUCAAUUGCGUACCCGCAGGCCUUAUUCCUUAUGCCCCCACUUGAAUGUUUAAUAAACAGGGCAUGCUCUGGAUUCCCACUGUACAGAAGGGAUGGAUUUUUGCAGCAUUAUUGUCUGAUCUAGCCGGUGACUCUGUAGUUCAAAACAGUGGAAAAAAUUGGGCAUGUAAUCUUCAGCAGAGGCUCAGAGACCAUACCGUAGUAACUAGGUUCAAACAGCACACUUAUCCAGAUUCAAACAUGUCUGCGAACGAUGAAAGCAUCCCAAUGUUAUACUUUUUCAUCCAUCCAUUGCAUGCAUGCAACUUCAUUUUUCUUAGUCAAUGUGUUGUGCAAACGUAGCCCUUUGAGUUAGUUCGCGGUUCAGUAUAUUGUGGGAACUCAGAAAACCGGUUAAUUUAAAAACGAAGUAAAGGUUUUUUUUUUUCUCAUGCAAAUCCUGCCUUCAAGAACCGAAAACCAGAUUAAAACCACAAAAUGAGUUUCUUUAAGGUGCUGGGAUCCUCAACUCAGUGUUCAAAAACUGCUUUUUAACCUGCUGACUUCAAUGUCAUCUUGACCCUAAAUUUCUAAUGUUUCGUUGUUAUUGAGAUUGAGAUAAAAAGAACACUAAGCGAAUUGUGAAUUUGAGGGGAAGAAAUUCUUGUUUUUGUUUUUUUAAAAAAAUAUUUUAUAUGUGCUUAAUGGUUUCUUUUUAAAGAAAUGUAUAUGUUCAUGUAGAUUUUUUAAAUCGUUGUGGCUGCUGUAAGUGAAAAUUUUUGAUAAUUUAAGAGCCUCUUAAUUGUGUUGGUUUACUGUUUCGUGUGUUCUUUUCCUGUCAUGCUGCUCUAUUCCACUGUUCACAAUACACAAUAGCCUAAUUUAUGAGCAUUAAAAAAGUAAGAACAUUUCCCAACAUCUUUACUUUUAAAUUAGAAAUCUAUUCCAAGAGCAGGGAAAAAAAAUUACAGUAAAAGCAAAUUUUACUAUCUUUUUUUUUCUUUCUUGCUCCUUUCUACUAAGUUGUGGCAUCAACUCUUUCGUGAUUUACCUUGAAAGGAGAUGCUCUCAAUCGUUGACUUUUGUUUUUUAAUCAUUAAAAGUACUUUCUUAAAUAUUAUGCUUAAAUGUUUUGAAUUAAGCAGCAAAGCAUGGUGUUGAAUUCUAGCCCUGCCCUAGUUAAAGAAGCUUUUCCAGAUUUGGGGACAUAAUCACUUUUCUCACUUCUGGUUGGCUUGAUGGGAGGCAGCCAGAAAGACCACCCUUCCUGCAUAUUUUCACCAUGAGAGAAGAACAGGAAACCUUAUAAUCACAUCCUUGAAUCGAAAUGUGAGAGCUCAGUCAAUGGAUUUCUUGGCUGGCUGAAGGUGAAGACGAGCCAACACUCUGAAGCAGCGAUCACCCGAUCUGGCACCUUUGAAUUGUUAGACUAUGUCUCCCAUUGUCUCCAGCCAGCAUAGCUGAAAGUUAUGUGAGCUGCAGUUCAAUACAUAACAGUAUGGAAGGUUCCAGGUUUGCCAAAGUCUGUUCCAGGGUAUGGUAGAAUUGGUUAUAAUGCAGAUUGCCUUCGUUUGAAAUACUGUUAUGUUCAUGGAAUGGCAACUCAUGUAUUUUCAAACCAUUUCUACUACCAUUGGGAAUGCUUGUUUGCCUUUUGCCUGGGUAGCUGUUAACUUUAAUAGAAAUUGUUCAACUUAGCAAACACAAUAAAAACGUAUACAGAAUUUUCCUUGCAAAGAGCCAAUUUCGCUGCCCAGAGUCAUGUAUUUGAGAUGGGCAGCCAGAAUGAAUUGAAUGAAUGAAUAAAUGAAUGAAUGAAAAUUAAAGGCUGUCAGUAACAAAUUAUUCUUCAUGGGGUGCUAUGGAACGUUCUGUUCUUGGUAAUACUUUCUCUUUCUAUUGUAUAUAUUUCCACUUAAAUUCUCUGUGAAAGUAAAUAGGGGGAAAAGACAUGCUGUCAACUGUCCAAUUGAUUUUAUUAAAUUAUUUUUGGCAACAGAAA